AGCGGAGGAAAGAGCUCCGUCAGCUAGUCACACACCUACCGGAGCGGCGGAGGUUGUCCACGCCGAAGAGAAGGUUGUCUUGCAGCGUUAUUUGUGGAAGAGGAAGCUGCAUUGAAGCUCCUGUCCUGUUUUUUCGCCGGCUCUCGCCCUCGGGACCGACGCAGUUGUUUGGAGACCCCGUCGACAACUAGUUCUCGGAGGACACCUGCCGUCGGGACAAACAUGGGGCUCUCGGCGGCUCCCCGGCCGUCGUCCUUUGGCCUGAUAACCUGUUCUCUGCUGCUGACCCUGCCGCUGUUUGCCUCCGGACACCCAACGCAGACCCGAGCCCAGGGGACACCGGUGUUCGUGGAGCGGUUCCACGGGCUCGGGUUUAGCUGGAAAAAUGUCUCCUGCCCCGUCUGCAAAGCAAUCUUCACCGUUGUUGAUAUCGCCCUUCUGAGCGACACAAAUGAGGAGCGAGUGGCCCACGCAGUCCGCCAGGCCUGUGUCCGUCUGCACCUGGCUGAAGAGCAAGUGUGUCGCGACAUAACGGAGCUGUUCAGGGGCGAUCUCAUAAGGGCCCUGCAGGAGUCGUUCCUGUGGCCCAGCGAGGCGUGCGCUGUGUUGGUGGGCCCUUCCUGUGGCAAGUUUGACAUCUACGCACCCUGGAACAUCACCUUGCCAAAGGUUCCUAAGCCUCCUGUUACGCCACCCUCUCCUCCCAAACCUGGUUCUCCACAGAGCAGGGUCCUGUUCAUCACCGACGUCCACUGGGACAAGGAGUACGAGGUCGGCAGCGCUGCAGACUGCAAGGACCCUCUGUGUUGUCGUAAAGACUCUGGCUCCCCGAGCUGGAAGAGGAGGGAGGCUGGGUACUGGGGAACAUACAGCAAGUGUGACCUGCCUCUGCGGACCGUGGAGAACUUCCUGCAGAACGCCGCCAAAGCUGGACCUUGGGACUGGGUGUACUGGACCGGAGACAUACCGGCGCACAACAUCUGGUCCCAGACCAGAAAGCAGCAGUUGUCGGAGCUCACCGUCGUCUCCGAGCUCAUCCAGAAACACCUGGGACCUAAUGUGACAGUUUACCCUGCCGUAGGAAACCACGAGAGUACGCCAGUGAACAGCUUCCCCCCGCCCUUCAUUCGUGGCAAUAGAUCGUCCUCCUGGCUCUACGACACGAUGGCAAAAGAAUGGGCGACGUGGCUGCCAGAGCAGGCGUUGAAGACUUUGAGAUAUGGAGGAUUCUACACGGUGGAGAUUCAGCCCGGUCUGAGGGUGGUCUCUCUCAACAUGAACUUCUGCGCCCGAGAAAACUUCUGGCUGAUGGUAAACUCCACCGAUCCUGCCAACCAGCUGCAGUGGCUCGUACAUGUGCUCCAGGCCAGCGAGGACAAGGGAGAGAAGGUGCAUAUCAUCGGUCACAUCCCACCUGGCCUGUGCCUCGGCAGCUGGAGCUGGAACUACUAUCACAUUAUCAACAGAUAUGAGAGCACAGUGACUGGACAGUUUUUUGGCCACACACACAUGGAUGAGUUCCAAAUGUUUUAUGAUGAGGCAACCAUGACCCGUCCGCUGGGAGUGGCAUUCAUUGCUCCCAGUGUCACCACCUAUAUUAAUCUUAACCCAGGAUACCGCGUCUAUUAUGUUGACGGAAAUUACAAAGGCAGCUCUCGGCUGGUUCUCGACCACGAAAACUACAUCCUGAACCUCACGGAGGCAAACCACAGCCCGGUGGCGCCGCACAGCCCAGAACCGAACCCCAAGUGGACGCUCCUGUACCGGGCCACGGAGGCUUACGGCAUCCCCAGCCUGUUCCCGUCCGACCACGACCGGCUGCUGCAGACCUUCGUCAAAGACGACCGCGUGUUCGACAAGUUCUGGUACUUCAGCCAUAAAGGACACGUGUCGGAGCCCUGCAAGGAGACCUGCAAGACCACGGUGCUCUGCUUUCUGCGAAGCGGCCGGUACGACGAGCUGCAGCGUUGCGAAGGAUUUGCGGGAGACUCGGGCCGAGCCGUCAGAAGAACUCUCUGUUGACCUGAGGAACUUUGAACCGAGGAAAAAAAAAAAGCAAUACGACCAAAUAUGACACUGAGCCAAAUAAAUCAUUUAGGAAUCAUUAGUCAAUAAGGAUUCUCUAUGUUUGAUGAAGUUGUUCGAGCUCUCGCUCGUUACGCCGACAGGUUAUGUGAAUAUAACUAGUCUGGAGAGCUCUGCCUUAGCAUUAACUAUGUUUUACACUGAAAUGUUUGGUAACAAGCCUUAGAUUGUCAGCUGUUUUGCAAUGCCUGUUGUGUGAGGAUCUUGAAAUUGUCCUGCAAAUAUGCCAUAUUGAAACACACGGGCGUUUAGGUGAGCUGUUCACCUUGUCACAGUUUGGGCAGUUCUCUUGAACUGGGUGCCUUUUUAUUAGGUUAGUCCUUAACAGCCUUCUCGCAACUUCUAGAGCUGCUUCAGUUGUCUUCCACAGAAAAACUUGCACCUAAUAACAAAACAUUAAUGCCAACAUGAUGAUCAAGUUGGAUGGGCUUGAUUCAAAAGUAAUAAUAAUAAUAAUCAGAUGUUCCAAUCGCUUCAUAUCUUUUGCAUUUGCUGAGAUUUAAAGGUUCAAUGAUUCUGUAGUUGUAAUAAUGUUAUUGGUUCUAUUCAUAGGGACUUAGGUCAAUGUUUUGUCUACCUUAUUUGCGCUGCACCAUCUGCCUCAGCUUUAUACCCAAAAAGGAAGCAGUAUUUCUUACUGAGGUUUACUUCUGCCUGCACUUUAAUUCGUUGACUAGUUGAUUUUGAGGUUUGACUGAGUGACGAGCGAAGAAAGGCUCUCAGAUCAGCGUCUGCGACGACGCGACUUGUAAAAUAAGCAAUAAUUUAAAAGAGUUUAUAAAUUGUGAAUAAAAGAUGAGAUGUCAAA